AUGACACCAAUUCCCCACUCUCUACAGCCUCGCUUCUUAAGCUCCGUCUUCGGUAUCCUUGUCGGUCUGGCCCUCGCCAAGGGCCAAGAGUUCCCUGUCGACGAACACUUCCACCAAGAUCACGUUGAUCUGGUCGUGGACAUUCCGGAUUCUGUUACGAUCACACAUCCUAACGACAUACCGGUUGGAAUUAAUGUAUCUGAUACGGUUGAUACCUUCGGAUGGAUAAUCUGUGGUGCGGGUGUUAUCAUAUUUCUCAUGUGUAUCACAUGUGCGAUUCGCCACUGCAGGAGGGAAAGAGCUUGGAAGAGGGAGGCGCGUAAUGAUGAGGAGAAUGGAGUCAAUGAGUUGGCGACGUUUAGGAUACUUGGGGGCAGAUUUGUGAAUGAUGUGAAUAAUGAAGGUAGUGAGAGUAAUGAGAAUAAGGAGGGGGGUCUGAGAGAAGGUGACGGUGAGAAGCCACCACCGUACUCUUCGCAGUUUCAGGAAUUGCCCCCGUACACUUCAUCAUCAAUUCACGGUUAG